GGAGGGGCGGGGCGCGAGCGGCGCGAGGGGACAGGGCCGCACGGGUCCCAGGUCCGGGGGUGGCCUGUGCACCCAAGUUUCCCUUGCGCCGCGCUUCCUGAUGUGGCCGAAGACGUGAUUGGAAGGGCCGGCGGCCGCCCGCGGACGAUGCUCGGGUUUCUGGGUGCGACGACCCUGAUGCUGGUCGCUGGGGCUCCGUGGGUGUUGCCCGCAGGGGGUGCAGAUCUCAGAUCUCCUGAAAAUGUCGUGGUCUCUAUCAUUGAUGACAACUUCAUCCUGAAAUGGAAGAGCAGCAGUGAAUCCGUCAGCAAUGUGACUUUUUCAGCAGAUUAUCAAAUGGAUGGAUAAUUGGAUAAAGUUGCCUGGAUGUCAAUAUGUUACUAGCACUGAAUGCAACUUUUCUUCCAUCAAGCUUAAAAGCGUGUAUGAAAAAAUUAAAUUGCGUAUAAGAGCAGAAACAGGAAACAGCACUUCUCCGUGGUAUGAGGUUGAGCCGUUUAUACCAUUUCAAGAAGCACAAAUUGGCCCUCCAGAUGUACAUUUAGAAGCCGAAGAUAAAGCAAUAAUAAUAAACCUCUCUCCUCCUGGCACAAAAAACAGUGUCAUGUGGGCUAUGGAUAGUUCAAGUUUCGUGUAUAGCUUAGUUAUCUGGAAAAACUCUUCAAGUCUAGAAGAAAGGACUAAAACUGUUUAUGCCAGAGAUAAAAUUCACCAACUCUCACCAGAGACAACUUACUGUUUAAAAGUUAAAGCCGGACUCCGUUCGCCAAGAAAAGUCGGUGUCUACAGUCCAGUGUAUUGUAUAAAUACCACAGUGAAACAUCACCUGCCUUCACCAGAAAAUCUAGAAAUUAAUGCUGAAAACCGGGUCUAUGUUCUUAAAUGGAAUUACACCUAUGAAAAUGUGACUUUUCAAGCUCAGUGGCUCCAUGCCUUUUUAAAAAAGAUUCCUGAGGACCAUUCAGACAAGUGGAAACAAAUACCAAACUGUGAAAAUGUCAAAACGACCCAUUGUGUCUUUCCUCAAAAUGUUUUCACGAAAGGAAUUUUCUUCAUCCGUGUCCAAGCAUCUAAUGGAAAUAGCACAUCUCUUUGGUCCGAAGAGAAGAGAUUUAAUACUGAAAUGCAAACUAUCCUGUUUCCUCCCGUCAUCAACAUGAAACCCAUAAAUGAUGCUUCACUGCGUGUCGGUAUCGGUGCUCCGAAAGAAUCUGAGGACAAGUCUGUGAACCAGCUUUACCCACUAAUUUAUGAAGUUAUUUUUAGAGAAAACACUUCAGAUACUGAGAGAGACGUUCUAGAGAAGAGAACGGAUUUUACUUUCUCUAACUUGAAACCACUGACUGUGUAUUGUGUCAAAGCCAGAGCACUCAUCGAGAAUGACAGGUGGAAUAGAAGCAGUGUUUUUAGUGACACUGUGUGCGAGAAAACCAAACCAGGAAGCACUUCCCAAGCCUGGCUUAUAGCUGGAAUUCUCUCGGCGAUACUUUUGUUCCCUGCUGUUUUUUAUGGUGUGAAAGUCGUCUCGCGAUGUAUCAAUUAUGUGUUCUUCCCAUCAAGUAAACCUCCUUCCACUAUAGAUGAGUAUUUCGCUGAACAGCCACUCAAGAAUCUGCUUCUCUCCACCUCUGAAGAACAAACCGAAAUAUGUUUCAUCGUUGAAAAUACAAACACUAUUACUACAAUAGAAGAGACUGAUCAAAUUGAUGACAAUCACAGCAGAUGCAGUUCUCAAACGAAUCGGGAUUCAGGAGUCUAUUCGAAUGAAGAUGAAAACAGUGGAAGCAAAAUAGGAGAAGAAAUUCUGCGACAGGCAGCCGUGUGACCAGAACGCUUUAAAAUCUUGGGAAGUCUAUGGAACUUAAAAGCAGGAGCCUGAGCUCCUUGCUUCUCUCAGUAACUCUUAAGAACGUAUUUGCUUGUGGCGGAACAAAAAAGCACCUUCAGAUCAUCGGUCCUCAAAAUACAGGCAAGCACUUAACUCUUUAAAAGGAAUCUGGAAAAGAGUUUGCUGUAUUCUUUUCUGUAUGGAAAGUCUCGGCCAACCUGUCAUUGGACCGGCCUUGGAUGAGAGGCAUUAAAUCCCGAAGAUGCCCUCCAUCUUCCUGAUGUCACCGCGGGUACCCUGGCACCUCUGGCUGAAGGCUGUGCUUGUGUCAGCCGGCCGAUAGCCUUGCGGUGCUGCUGCUGAUGCCACGUGUGUCAUUGGUCCCUUCUCCGUCCCAGCGUCACAGUGCAUUAUUCCUCCAGAGACACCCAGAACACUCAGUCUUUUUCUUGAACACUGAAGUGAGCCCUUUGGAAAUGUCUUUAGAAAGGUCUGAAUCCCAGCAUCACAUGGUUUUCUGAAAAGUAGCUCACUCUGGAAAACAGCCGCAGGUGCCAGAAACAUGGUCCUUAACGAUUUUUUUCAGGGAAAUUCUAUCCAUUUAUCCCAAUUACAUCAGUUUCUCCAUCACAGUGACCUAUCCCUUCUACGAUUUAGGAUGAAAACCCCGUAAUCUUUUCAGUACCCAUACAUUGAGACUUCGUGGUUGAGGGAGUUCCCAUCGUAGAUCCGGGGAAAGGAAUCUGACCAGCAUCCGUGAGGACGCAGGUCUGAUCCCUGGCCUCUCUCUCUCAGUGGGUUAAGGAUCCAUUGUUGCCAUGAGCUGUGGUCGAAGACACGGCUUGAAUCUGGUGUUACUGUGGCUGUGGUGUAGACCGGCAGCUGCAGCGCCGAUUCGACCCCUAGCCUGGGAACCUCCAUAUGCCGUGAGUGAGGCCCUAAAAAGACAAAAAAAAAAAAAAAGACUUCGUGAUUGAGAACAUUAGAACAAUCACUUCUGAUGAGAAUGCAUAAUCACUGAAAUGAUAGAGAAAUGGGAACCUAAGAACCAAAGAUCCUGUUACCUUUUAAGACACAGGAGUGUGUAACAUCCAUCAGAGCAGAAGCAAGAACCUUGGGACCAGAAAUGCUACUGGCAGACUGAGUAGAGUAAUGCAGUAGGAAGGAUGUGAGUUGAGCGAAAAAUACUAAUGUGAAUAAUCAGCUUUCGAUGGUUAACGUACUGUCGGGGCUGGUUUGCUUUUACGGCUUGUCUGUACUGUUUCUAACACCAGGCCAGCUUCUCGGCUGUCUGGAAGUACUCAGCAUCCCUUCUCCUCAGCCAGCACGCACUCAAGAAAAUGCACAUUAUUCACUGCCAAGGUGUACGGAGGAACGCAACUGGGAAGAAAACCUAAUUUUUAAAAUUAUAUAAGGCCUUCCAAAGGCAUCUAGAGCUCACUGUAAGUGACUUGAUUCUUGGGAUUUCCAUGGAGAGCCUACGGAGGAAAGAAGUCGGAAUUCCAAUGAGGGAAAACUCGGGCAUUAAAAGGAAAAGAGGCCACUGAGGUCCCUGGGUCCCUGGAUGCGGGAGCCGUGUCUUCAGGGUUUAAGAUCCUCUGUGGUUCUCAGUGAACAGGCGUCUGAGCAGCAGCGAACAAAAACCCCUCAUUUUUGCCUUGUCUUCUAGACCUACAGAUGCAGCCCUCUUCCAGUCUGCAUCAGGGUUCACAUGUAGCUUAUGCAGGAUGUGCUCGCCUGCAAGGUGGUAAGUGUCGUUUCUGAAAAAUAGUUCACUUGGAAAUACCAUAUGCUUGGGAGCAGCCC